ACCUGAGGAUCCGUGUGGAGCCGCUGCCUGUCCCUGUCACGCUUCAGAUCCACCGUGGGGGGGUUUUCUACCUUUUACUUUCUUACCGGAGACACCGGGACCCUUCCCCGCACACGUCCGCCCACGAACACCGGAUCUCGGGGCUCGUUAAACCGCCCGGGGGGUCGAUAAACAACAGCCCGGAGCGGGUUGUUCAACGCCGCUGUCCCAGCAGCUCCCUCGUCCCCCCCUCAUCCAUGGUGGCUGCCGCAGCCUCCGCGCUGGGCUCACGGCUUCCUACCCCUCGACCCCUUUGUUUCCCCCGGGGAAGGGGACCGGCAUGAGGCGGGUGUCACCGGGAGCAUCCCCUGCGACCGAGUGAGGGACUGUCGACGGGUUAAAAUGGCUGCGUUCGUCGGAGGAGGAGAACGGUGGUGAUCCAGCGGAGAAGCUAACAUCCCGGGCUCCAGAAGCUAACGUCCCGGGCUCCAGAAGCUAACAUCCCGGGCUCCAGAAGCUAACGUCCCGGGCUCCAGAAGCUAGCAUCCCGGGCUCCAGACAGCUAGCUCCUGGGUUAGCUCUGAUUGAUGCUGUUCGCUGGCUUCGUCCACCAAGAGCCAGGGUGAAGGAGGAGGGGGGGGAUUCCUGCCACUUGUCUUCUACACAGACACUGAGCUAUAACGUUGCCUUGUGUUAGCCUUCUUCUCCAGACAAGCUGUACAAAGGGUCUUUAAACCGGGAGCAUGCAGACCCCUCCAAGAACAUGCAGGACCUCUUUGUUGUGGUAGUGAUCCAGCCCGAGUAGCCGAGAUCAGACCCCUAAAGGCCCGUGCCAGGUCUUGGGACUCGGGGGGUGUAAACAUGGAUCCUGGGGGGACGUGUGAGACUCGAGUCCACAGAUACCUGGCUCUGUACGUGUUGUUCUACUUCGUGUUGUCCACGCACGCCUCCCCGGCGAAACCCUGCGACAAGAGCUGUCUCUCCGGGGUCUGCGUGAACGGAUCCUGCGUGUGUGAGCGAGGAUGGGUCGGGGACCAGUGUCAGCACUGCCAGGGCAGGUUCAAGUUAACGGAGCCCUCGGGAUACCUCACCGAUGGUCCAAUCAACUACAAGUACAAAACAAAGUGCACCUGGCUCAUUGAGGGCUAUCCAAAUGCCGUUCUUCGGUUAAGAUUUAACCACUUUGCCACAGAAUGUAGUUGGGACCAUAUGUACGUCUAUGAUGGCGACUCGAUAUACGCUCCUCAGGUUGCUGUUUUCAGUGGUCUCAUCGUUCCAGAGAUGCGAGGAAACGAGACGGUUCCUGAGGUCGAGACGACUUCAGGCUACGCACUACUACACUUUUUCAGUGAUGCUGCCUAUAACCUGACAGGAUUUGAAAUAUUUUACUCGAUCAACUCCUGUCCCAAUAACUGCUCCGGCCAUGGGAAGUGCACCCCCGGGAACUCGGUCGCCAGCAGAGUGUACUGUGAAUGUGACAAGUACUGGAAAGGCGAGGCCUGUGACAUCCCCUACUGCAGGAACAACUGCGGCAGCCCGGACCACGGCUACUGCGACCUCACCGGGGAGAAGCUGUGCGUGUGCAAUGACAGCUGGCAAGGUCCAGACUGCUCUCUGACUGUUCCUUCCACCGAGUCCUUCUGGGUUCUACCGAGCGUCAAACCCUUCGGCACGUCACUGGCCAGAGCGUCCCAUAAGGCCGUGGUGCAGGAGAAGGUGAUGUGGGUGGUGGGCGGAUACACCUUCAACUACAGCUCCUUCCAGAUGAUUCUCAACUACAACCUGGAGAGCGGCAUCUGGAACACAGUACCCAUCAAUAGCAGCCCCGUGCCAAGAUACGGCCACUCCAUCGCUGCCUUCCAGGAUGACAUCUUCAUGUUCGGUGGGAAGCUCGAGGCCGGCUGGGGGAACGUGACGGACGAGUUGUGGUCGUUCAACGUGCCGAGUCGAACGUGGCAGCGGAGGAACCCCGUGGUCGGCCCGCUGGCCCAGGCUCAGAUCUACGCCGUGGAGGGCCACUCGGCCCACUGCGUCCUGCUGGAGGGCGGUGAUGUCAUCAUGCUGGUCAUCUUUGGCUACUCCCCCAUCUACAGCUACAUCAGCAACAUUCAGGAGUACAACCUGAGAUCCAACGCGUGGUUGGUACCUGAGACCAAAGGGGCCGUUCCACAAGGUGGUUACGGUCACAGCAGCACGUUUGACAGCUCCAGUGGCAGCGUGUACGUUCACGGAGGCUACAAGGCCCUGCCUGCCAACAAAUACGGCCUUGUUGACGACCUCUACCGCUACGAUGUUAACACUAGGACAUGGUUCAUCCUGAGAGAGAGCGGUUUUCCACGAUACCUGCACUCGGCUGCGCUCCUCAGCGGCACGCUGCUCUUCUUCGGUGGCAACACACACAACGACACCUCCCUAAGCAACGGGGCCAAGUGUUUCUCCGCUGACUUCCUUUCCUACGACAUCGCCUGUGACGAGUGGAGGCUCCUGCCUAAACCAGACCUGCACAGAGACGUCAACCGCUUCGGUCACUCUGCUGUGGUCAGCAAUGGGUCCAUGUAUCUGUUUGGGGGCUUUUCCGGAGUGCUGCUCAACGACGUGCUCGUCUACCGACCCCCGAGCUGCCAGGCCUUUUUGGCAGAGGAAGGGUGCGUGAACGCCGGGCCAGGGGUCCGCUGCAUCUGGAGCAGAGGCCACUGUCUCCCCUGGGAGCCCAGCAUGGCCAAUGGGAGCAUCACACCUUCCCAAUUCUGCCCCCCUAAAGCUGUCACAGUGGACGAGCGGUGCUACCGGUUCUCGGACUGUGCCAGCUGUACAGCCAACACCAACGGGUGCCAGUGGUGUGACGACAAAAAGUGUAUCUCUGCCAUCAGCAAUUGCACAUCUAACGUGAAGAACUUCACCGAGUGUCCGGUGCGGAACGAGCAGGUGUGCAGCAAGCUCGCCAACUGCAAGAGCUGCUCGCUGAAUCUCAACUGUCAGUGGGACCAGAACCAGCCAGAGUGUCACGCUUUGCCUGCCCAACAGUGCAGUGAGGGUUGGAGCCAGGUGGGCGAGGCCUGCCUCAGGAUCAACUCCAGCCGCGAGAGUUACGACAACGCCCAGCACUACUGCAAGAACCUGAACGGCAACAUCGCAUCGCUCACCACCUCCAAACAAGUGGACUUCGUACUCGAGGAGCUCAAGAAGCUCAAGAAGCUCGAUCUGGAAGAAAUGCGACUGUCCCCCUGGGUCGGCCUGAGGAAAAUCAACGUGUCGUACUGGGGCUGGGAGGACAUGUCCCCGUUCACCAACAGCAGCCUGCGCUGGCUGCCCGGGGAACCCAGCGACUCUGGUUUCUGUGCCUACCUGGAGGAGCCGCUGGUCUCAGGCCUGAGAGCCAAUCCAUGCACCGCCACAGCCCGAGGCCUCAUUUGUGAAAAAGCAGCUGGAAACCCCAAUCAGAGUACCCGUCCAUCCUGCAAGAAGCCGUGUUCGCUGCACACCAACUGUGGCAACUGCACCAGCCAGGCCAUGGAGUGCAUGUGGUGCGGCAGUGCCAAGCGCUGUGUGGACUCCACUGCCUACGUCAUCUCGUUUCCCUAUGGCCAGUGUCUGGAGUGGCAGACUGGAGAUUGUUUGGCUCAGAACUGUUCGGGCCUGCAGACGUGUUCCCAGUGCUUGGAACAGCCCGAGUGCGGCUGGUGCGGAGAUCCCAGCAGCACCGGGAAGGGUCUGUGCAUGGAGGGCUCAUACCGGGGGCCCAUGAAGAGAACAGCCAAACAAGGCCAGUCCCACGACAUGAUUCUGGAGCCGGGCAUUUGCCCCAAAGACAAAGGCUACGAGUGGGCCUUCAUUCACUGCCCUGCCUGCCAGUGCAACGGCCACAGCACCUGUGUGAACAGCAGCGUGUGUGAACAGUGCCGUAACCUCACCACCGGUCCUCACUGCCAGUCCUGCAUGCCUGGUUACCAUGGGGACCCCACCAAUGGCGGCAAAUGCCAGGCCUGCAAGUGUAAUGGUCAUGCAAGCGUGUGCCAGGUGUUAACUGGCAAGUGCUUCUGCACCACCAAGGGAAUCAAAGGAGACCAGUGCCAGCUAUGUGACUCAGAAAACCGUUACCUUGGCAAUCCACUCAGAGGAACCUGUUACUACAAUCUCCUGAUCGACUACCAGUUCACCUUCAGUCUCAUCCAAGAAGAUGACAAUCACUACACCGCCAUUAACUUCAUGGCCUCACCUGAGCAGGCAAACAAGAACUUGGACAUGUCCAUUAACGCAUCCAACAACUUCAACCUCAAUAUCACCUGGUCAGUGGGAUCAACAGCCGGAACCAUUUCUGGAGAAGAGGUGCCCAUCGUGUCCAAAACCAACAUCAAGGAAUACAGAGACAGUUUCUCCUGUGAGAAGUUCACCUUCAGAAGCAACCCAAACAUCACCUUCUAUGUCUAUGUCAGUAACUUCUCAUGGCCCAUCAAGAUCCAGAUCGCCUUCUCCCAACACAACAGUAUCAUGGACCUGGUCCAGUUCUUUGUGACGUUUUUCAGUUGCUUUCUGUCGCUCCUCCUGGUGGCAGCGGUCGUGUGGAAGAUCAAACAGACCUGCUGGGCGUCACGACGGAGAGAACAACUGAUGAGGGAGCGUCAGCAGAUGGCCAGUCGUCCGUUUGCCUCAGUCGCUGUGGCGCUGGAUGCCAGAGCAGAACAAACAGAAGUGCUGCAGCCGGUGGUUGAUGGUCUCCCUAAACCUGUUGCCAUGGAGCCGUGUUCAGGAGGGAAAGCCGCCGUGUUGACCGUCCUCAUGCGUCUCCCGUUCGGGCUGUCGGACUUACCUCCACCGGGACAGUCAGGAAUCAUCGUUGCCAGUGCGCUCAUAGACAUUUCCCAGCAGAAACCCUCAGACUUUAAGGACAAGUGCCAGGCUCUAAAGAACAGAAAAGCUCUUCCUCCCGCACACCAAGGCACCUGCGUUUGAGACUCAACUCCUCAACCCAGCGGCUCCCUUUCUUACGCCACCGGAGGUCACGUCGCACCAAAUCCUCAAAGGUCCCGCCGCUUGGAAACCUUUCCCAGAGACAAGCGAUGGCCACAUGUAGAAGAUUUCAUCCAGCUGCUACCACUGAAGUUCAAUGUCCCGCGAGCGCAACACUCGUCUCCUUUCUUUUCGCUCCACUCUGCAUAUUUCAGCCUCAUAAAUCCUUCUCCAACCGGUGUGGGGGCCUCCUCCGGCCGCUGGGCUCUGACUCCUCCCCUCGUCUCGGCCCUGAGAGGGAACCCACCGGAUCGCCACCAUCGCAGAUAGAUUCAUCGAGAGGGGUCCGUCUGCUCUGCACGAGGGAAAAAGUUUAAAAGUCAAACUAAUUUCCCUCAUACUGGGUUGGAAAUAUAAUCAGAGGGUUGAAAAUGGUAGAUUUCCAGAUCCAGAUCUGCCUAUGAGGCUUUUUUGUCUUCUAUUCUUUUUGUCUUGCUUGCCAACAAGUGGUAUCUACGGUGCUAAAGCAUUUAGUUUCCAUGACGAGCCUGACUCUUAACUCAGUUUUCUGCUGUAUUGACUGAAUCCAUUCUGCCUUUCUGUGAGGAAAACCUAUGCGCUAGGACACGACUCUUUUUUCUAAAACCGCACGACAGUGUUUUGACAACCAGGAGUAUUCUGUCUCACCACGUUGCCAGCUCCCGUCAGCGAUCUCUCUUUAAGCAUUUUCCCCGUGCACACGGAUCAUCCAGCCAGCUGAAGCGAAAGUCUGUAUUUCCUGCGGAGGACGUGUACAAAUGCUGCGGAGACACGAGGCUGCAAUCAGCAGGGGACAAAAGGUCAAAGUAAGGUCAUGGGAGACGCAAAGGAAAGUUGGAGGUGACGGAGAAGAAGAACAAAUUUCAUAACCCAGGAUAACACUGACGUUCUGGUACAUUCUUUGCUGUAGUUUUGUAAUUGUGUCAUUUGCUGUGCAACUCGGACGUGAGGCUUUUUUCCGGACUCGCCUUUGGAUUGAUGUGGUGGUCCUGAGGCCGUUUGGGGGGGGGAGGGGGGACGUCUGCUUGACCUCUGAAGAGCCGGGACUUCACGCUCCUCUGGCUGUUUACUCGUCUGUUUUUCUAAUUUUGAUUUUUGAAGCUACGACUUUAUUUCCACCUUUUGAGUACGAGGAGAUGUGCUACCUUUUCUAAUGCCUUGGCUUUCCAUGAACUCCUCUGGAGGAGGGGGGGCGGGGGGGGGCUUGUUGAUCUGCAGAAUUUUCAAAGCUGUCGACCAUUUUCUCGCCCGACCUCCAUCCCGAGCUGUACAGUGUCUUGUUGGAACAAACGUUACAGAGUCUUUGUCACUUGAGGUUUCAUGUGUUUGUCAGGUUUUAAAUGACAGAUGAUCAUUUAUUUUGGGCCUUGCCCCCCCCCCUGUUGCUAUUAUAUCCAUGAUAAACUGUAAGUCUUUUGCUACACUUGUGGAAACAAAAAAAAAAUCGAUAUUUCUGUUGAUAUUUUGUUUUGUUUUGAUAUUUAACAGAUUCCUGUGUAAUAGCGCAUUUAACUUGAUUUUAUUCUUGACUUUAACCAGAUGUUUUUAACGUUGACUGUUAUUUGUUUAUGAAACGUCUUCGGAGACUCGAUGGGCAUUGUCUCGCUUUUUGUUGUGAUUGUUUUUGAUGCAUUUCACGAAAAGUGUACGCCAGCUAAUGUGUUUUCCUUUCGUGUUUUUUUGUUUGUUUUUGUAAUCCUAUAACAGUGUCAUUACACAGGAAUCCGGGUCUCACUGUACCGUGAAUUAAAAAAAAAAGAUGAGAAACUGCAUAUCAGUAAUUCUUCAGUGUAUUUUAAAUAUGGACAGGAUGCCAGAAAAUAAAAAUAAAAAGAACAGACCUGAAAAUCA